AUGAUGAUGGUGAGCGAUGACUGUCUGGUGGAGUGUCGGAUCGAUGACAGCGAUGAAGAGGAUGAGGGAGAACAGAUAAACACUCCCCCUCCUCCUCCAGAAUUUGCAUCCGAAGCCUCCACUCCAUUGCCCAAAACCCCCACCCCUCCAACAGCCCCCGCCACACCCAUACCCACCCCCACUCCUACCCCCAGCCUACUUGUCAACAGGGACCCUUACGGCAUCAACCAGCACUUAAAGGUGGAGGUCAGUGACGUGCUGGCUGAGCCCGCCACGCCUCGCAGCAUAGACCAGGUGUGGUUUUACAGCAUUGUCGGCUUCGAGAAGGCUCGUAUCUGGUCAUACCGCUGCCUCUCCUUGCUGUUUGCCGUGCCCUUCGCUCUCCUCUGUGGCAUUUUUCUUGCUGUUCUCGCCUGUCUACAUGUCUGGUUUGUCGUACCUUGUAUACAGCUGAGCAACACCUUCCUUCCAUGCCUGAGGUCAUUGUGUAUAUGUGCUAUCAAUGAAUUCAUCUCUCCCCUCUGUUCGUCUUUGGCGCUCUGCUGCAGCCAAAUUGCCAUUUCACUGUCUAACAAGGACUGGCAUCAAAUGAAGGAGAAAGAGACUGUAUGAAUGUGAGACGUGAGUGAGUGAGU